AUGGGCAAGCAGUCCUCUCUGUCAUAUGUGCGACAUUACAAUGAUCCAGGUAUGACAGCUCCUGAGGUUUGUAAAGCUUUUGUCAUUGGUAUAUGUCCUCAUGACUUGUUUGUUGGUACCAAAUCAGAUUUAGGCAACUGUCCAAAUCUACAUAUACACAAGUACAAACUAGAGUAUGAAUAUAAAACCAAAAAACUUGGUAAGAAGUAUCCGGAGAUGGAGUAUGAAUAUUUCCAAAUGCUUCAAUCUUACAUUCACGAUUUAGAUCGAAAUAUUGCUAUUGCGCAAAAAAGGUUAGAGCAUACACCAGAGGAAAAACAGAAAAUAUCAAAAGUGACGGCGGAUUUAGACAAUUUGGAUGUUGAAAUAGGAUUAAUGAUCCAGGAACUAAAUUAUUUGAUGGCAAUAAGCAGUGCAAGAGACGGCGUUAGUGGCAGUGGCCACUCAGAUCAAUCGUUGAAGAUUAUUGACGACGUUAGUGGCAGUAGCCACUCAGAUCAAUCGUUGAAGAUUAUUGACUUGUCGAUCAAAUUAAAUGACAAAUGCAAAGAACGAGAUGAAGCAAGUAAACAGGCAAGGAAUAUUAUAGACAAUGUGGUAAAGAAGAGGUUUAAGGGGAAGUCACGUGAGAGUAGCACAGAAAUAUCAUUAAAAACGUUAUUUCUUGUUUAA